AAUCACAAGAAUUGCAACAUUAACCGAACCCAUUAAUAACACUUCCAAUCAGAACAAAAUCUAGACAUAGAGAGAGAAGAAAGCCCUUUUCCUUUUUGUUGCUAUCUAGAGAGAGAGAGAGAGGAAACCCUUUUUCUCUUUGUUAGUAUCUAGAGAGAGAGAGAGAGAGGGAGAGAGAGAGAAUCCAUGGGAGAGAUGCAGAGGAUAGUGGUGGUGGUGGAGGAGGAAGAAGCGGCGAAGACGGCCUUGCAAUGGGCACUGCACAAUCUCUUGCGUCUGGGUGACGUCAUCGUCCUCCUCCACGUCUUCUCUCCUCCGCCGCGGCGCCGGAAGAAGAAUUCUCCGGCGGCUUUGGCGGCAGCUCGGCUCCUCCGCCUCCGCGGAUACCACCUCGCCCUCUCUUUCCGGCAAAUCUGCGACGACUUCUUCAACGUCGGGUUUAAAUUGAUCGAAUUUAAAAGUAUGGGGUCUGAAACCAAUGAUUCGGUUGAUUUGAGUCCUUUUUUGCAGACGAAUACGGAGAUAAUUGUCAGAGAAGGAGAUGAAGAUGGGAAAACGAUCGCGGAGGUUGUGAGAGAGAUCGGUGCUUCUACGCUUCUCGUUGGUCUCCAUCAGAACAGCUUCCUUUACAGAUGGGCAAUGAGAAGUUGUGAAUGCAAAGUGUUGGCGGUGAAGCAACCGUCGCCGGAGAUGUCGCCGGCGGCGAGGUCAAAAGGCGUAAGGUCGCCGCGGGGAAGUCCGGACAGUUCUACCAGCUUUGACUUUUCACAGAUCGAAAUUUCUGGUUUGCAGAUGCCAGAGAUUCCGACAGCAAAAGUGCCGUACAAAAUAUGUCCGAGUCCUCAUGCCAUAAUUUGGAGAACAAGACCAAGCCGAUGAAGUACACAGUAACACCACCUGCCGAUAGCAUUAGGAUUGAAAUAAUUAUAUUUAUUCGAUUCGAUGUUUUUAUCGAAUUUUAAUUCGAAUUAAAGAAAACAUACUUUUAGAAUAUUGGAUCUUCUCGAUUGUAUUCAGUCAAAUUUUUUUUCCAAUUAUAAUCAAAUCCCCUACCAACUCCA